AUGCCUUCUCGUCCUCGACCAUCAAAAGUUACAAAGCAAAAUGGAAGCACUCGUAACCGCAAGCCCUCGUCUGGCACUGUGCAACAGGAGCUAGAACACCGCUAUGUUGUUGCCAACGGAAAUACUAAUGGACACGGCCUAAUCGACCGCGUUUCCCUUGGCCACCAGAUGGCCCUCCCACUUCGUCAGACAAGCCCUUUUCCUCGCGUGGGCGGCAGUAGCGACGUCCCUGACAACUUCUCCUUUGCCCCCCAGCCAAACCCUUACCCCGUGCUCGGCCCUCCGCAAUACUCGACUGCCGCCGACCUCGCACGCUCCAAGUACGGCGCCGACGUCAAGCUAGACAGCGCGCUGUGCAAAAAGCUCGGCGCCGAGGAGGCCAAGCGUCCGCCCACGCAGCGCCGCGCCGACCAAAAGCUCAACAUCGACCGACGCAGCAACAUGGAGGCGUUCGUCGCCCACGUCACCGGCCAGGUCGUCAACAGGCCGUGCAAGAACUGCUACAAGGGCCACGGCCCCUGGACGCAGUGUGUCGUCUACGAGGGCCAGAUGUGCGGCAGCUGCACCAACUGCUGGUACAACGCAAGCGGCUCGCGCUGCACGUUUCAUGGCAUCGGCACUGGCUCCCCUCCCCCCGCUGCAAUGCCUCCGAGCGGCGUCCCGGCCAACGGGUCUGACGAGACCGGCGGCGGCAACUUGCCCUAUUAUACGUCGCCCAAGGAUGACGCGAAGGUCAUUCCAGAUUGGGCGACGCCGCAUCGAGACAACGAGAGCAACGACUCCUCGCAGAACCAUUCGCAUGCCUCGGAGCCGCUCCCUACCCAGCCGCCCGCCUACAUGGCCUAUCCGCCGCCGGCCCAGUCGAUGCCUCAUCAGGGGCUUGCUGGCAUGGGGAUAAUGGCCGGUGGCGGCGGAGGGCAGGACGCGGCUGCCUCAGUCGCUUCCUGGAUGGCCUGCGAGCCAACGCGCCGGCUAAUUCGCCAGGCCAUGGACGACGUGGCUAUGCUGAGCCGGCGCGACCGGUACAUCGCUCGUAUUGAGACGGCGGCUGAGGAGCUCGGCAUGCGCAUCGCCGAGUACAAUGAGUACAUGAAGACGCCAGAGGGCGUCGCCGAUCUGCAGCACUUCCAGGAGGCCGCGGCUGCGAACAUGAUGCCUCCGGGUCAUGCGCACGACGCGCGCAUGGACACCACCAUGGAGACCGAGUCGAUUCACGGCGAUAGUUCCAUGGCUUGA